GUCAGUCGGUGUUUGUGAGGGGAAGUGUGGCCGCGGUUGUGGUGUGCUGUUCGGGAGCUCUCCGGACAGCGCUGUCGCCAUCAUGUCGCGGGGGUCUAUUGAGAUUCCUCUCCGGGACACCGAUGAGGUUAUUGAGCUUGACUUCGAUCAGUUACCUGAGGGUGAUGAAGUUAUAAGUAUACUGAAACAGGAACACACACAACUGCACAUAUGGAUUGCCUUAGCGCUGGAAUACUACAAACAAGGAAAAACAGAAGACUUUGUGAAGCUGUUGGAGGCUGCACGCAUAGAUGGUAACUUGGACUACAGAGACCAUGAAAAAGAUCAGAUGACAUGUCUGGAUACGCUGGCAGCAUACUAUGUACAGCAGGCUCGAAAAGAGAAGAAUAAAGAUAACAAGAAGGAGCUCAUUACUCAAGCUACUUUGCUGUAUACUAUGGCUGACAAAAUUAUCAUGUAUGAUCAGAAUCACUUGUUGGGAAGAGCCUGCUUUUGUCUGCUUGAAGGUGAUAAGAUGGAUCAAGCUGAUGCACAAUUCCACUUCGUGCUCAACCAGUCUCCAAAUAAUAUUCCUGCCCUUCUUGGUAAAGCAUGCAUUUCUUUCAACAAGAAAGAUUAUAGAGGAGCCCUGGCCUACUACAAGAAAGCACUGCGUACCAAUCCAGGUUGCCCAGCUGAGGUUCGAUUAGGUAUGGGCCACUGCUUCGUGAAGCUGAACAAGUUGGAAAAAGCUCGCUUAGCGUUCAGCAGGGCUCUGGAACUAAAUUCAAAAUGCGUAGGGGCUUUGGUUGGACUGGCUGUUCUGGAACUCAAUAAUAAAGAGGCUGAUUCCAUCAAGAAUGGUGUUCAGCUGCUCUCUAGAGCUUACACAAUUGAUCCCAGUAAUCCUAUGGUAUUGAAUCACUUGGCUAAUCACUUCUUCUUCAAGAAGGAUUAUGGUAAAGUGCAACAUUUGGCUCUUCAUGCUUUCCAUAACACAGAAGUUGAAGCAAUGCAAGCAGAGAGUUGUUACCAGCUGGCUAGAUCUUUUCAUGUACAGGAAGAUUACGAUCAAGCUUUCCAGUAUUAUUACCAGGCCACUCAGUUUGCCUCAUCUUCUUUUGUACUUCCUUUUUUUGGAUUGGGUCAAAUGUACAUUUAUCGAGGGGACAAAGAGAACGCAUCACAAUGCUUUGAAAAAGUUUUGAAAGCUUAUCCUAACAAUUAUGAGACUAUGAAAAUCCUUGGAUCACUUUAUGCGGCUUCAGAAGACCAGGAGAAACGGGAUAUUGCAAAGGGACAUCUAAAGAAAGUCACAGAACAAUAUCCUGAUGACGUAGAGGCGUGGAUUGAGCUAGCCCAAAUUCUAGAACAGACUGAUAUUCAGGGUGCACUGUCAGCCUAUGGUACAGCUACACGCAUUCUGCAAGAGAAAGUACAGGCUGAUGUCCCACCAGAGAUUUUGAAUAAUGUGGGUGCUCUGCACUUCAGGCUGGGAAACCUAGGAGAAGCCAAGAAAUAUUUUUUGGCAUCACUGGAUCGUGCGAAAGCAGAAGCUGAACACGAUGAGCAUUAUUACAAUGCUAUCUCGGUAACAACGUCCUAUAACCUUGCCAGACUAUAUGAGGCGAUGUGUGAAUUUCAUGAAGCGGAAAAGCUGUAUAAAAACAUUUUAAGAGAGCAUCCUAAUUACGUUGAUUGCUACUUGCGCUUGGGAGCUAUGGCUAGGGAUAAAGGAAAUUUUUAUGAGGCUUCUGACUGGUUUAAGGAAGCACUUCAAAUAAAUCAGGAUCAUCCAGAUGCUUGGUCUCUGAUUGGCAAUCUUCAUUUGGCUAAACAAGAGUGGGGUCCAGGACAGAAGAAAUUCGAAAGAAUAUUGAAACAACCCUCCACACAAAAUGAUACUUAUUCCAUGCUGGCUCUUGGCAAUGUCUGGUUGCAGACUCUACAUCAACCCACAAGAGACCGAGAAAAGGAGAAGCGUCAUCAAGACCGUGCAUUAGCGAUCUACAAGCAAGUACUCAGAAAUGAUCCAAAGAACUUGUAUGCUGCUAAUGGCAUAGGAGCUGUCUUGGCGCAUAAAGGAUAUUUCCGUGAAGCUCGUGAUGUUUUUGCCCAAGUGAGAGAGGCAACAGCAGAUAUCAGUGAUGUGUGGCUGAAUUUGGCACAUAUCUACGUAGAACAGAAACAGUACAUCAGUGCUGUGCAGAUGUAUGAAAACUGCCUCAGAAAGUUCUAUAAGCAUCAAAAUACUGAAGUAUUGUUAUAUUUGGCCCGUGCACUCUUCAAAUGUGGCAAAUUACAGGAAUGCAAGCAAACUUUGUUAAAGGCCAGGCACGUCGCACCAAGUGAUACAGUCCUUAUGUUUAAUGUGGCUUUAGUGCUACAAAGACUAGCUACCUCUGUCCUGAAAGAUGAAAAAAGCAAUCUCAAGGAGGUACUUAAUGCUGUGAAAGAACUGGAGCUAGCCCACAGGUACUUCAGUUACUUGAGUAAAGUAGGUGAUAAGAUGAGAUUUGACUUGGCACUUGCUGCUACAGAAGCCAGGCAAUGCUCUGACUUACUGAGUCAAGCCCAGUAUCAUGUGGCUCGGGCACGCAAGCAGGAUGAAGAAGAGAGGGAGCUGCGUGCAAAGCAAGAGCAAGAAAAGGAGCUGCUUCGCCAAAAACUACUUAAAGAACAGGAAGAGAAGCGCCUAAGAGAAAAAGAAGAACAGAAAAAACUUCUGGAACAAAGAGCUCAAUAUGUGGAGAAGACGAAGAAUAUUCUGAUGUUCACUGGUGAAGUAGAAGGAUCAAAGGAGAAAAAACGUGGUGGUGGUGGAGGCAGGCGGUCCAAAAAAGGAGCAGGGGAAUUUGAUGAAUUUGUCAACGAUGACAGUGAUGAAGAUCUGCCUGUGUCUAGAAAGAAAAAGAAGAGGAAGGGCAGUGGCAGUGAGCAAGAUGGGGAAGAAGAGGAGGGUGAGAGAAAGAAGAAGAAGAGGAGGAGACCCCAGAAGGCAGAGGAGGGGACUGAUGAUGAAGAACAUGAAAAUGGCCCAAGGCCUAAGAAACGACGUCCACCCAAAGCAGAGAAAAAGAAGGCUCCCAAACCAGAACGUCUGCCUCCUUCAAUGAAAGGAAAGAUCAAAUCAAAAGCCAUCAUUUCGUCAAGUGAUGAUUCUUCUGAUGAGGAUAAACUCAAAAUUGCCGAUGAUGGACAUGCGAGGAACAGCAACAGUGAUUCAGAUGAAGGAGAACGACAGCACAGUAAACGCAUUGUUUCUGAUAGUGAUUCUGAUAACCGAAACAAAUCUGGUAGCGAGGCCGGUAGUCCAAGGAGGUCUGGUGUCCACCAGUCUGAGGAGGAUUCUGACAGUGACAGGUCAGCUAGGAAGAGGAGGCGGUCAGAGUCAGAGCAGUCUGACAAUGAGUCUGUACAGUCAGGGAGAAGUCGUUCUGGUGGUUCGGAAAAUGAAUCUCGCCCAGCUUCUCGCAGUGCUGACUCAGACAAAGACUCCGAGAGAGGAUCUGACAACGAGGGUUCUGGAAGAGGAUCUGGUAACGAAUCUGAACCAGAAGGCUCAAAUGAUGAGGGGUCUGAAGGUGGCUCAGAUGACAGUGAUUAGAUCUAAAUUACAGACCAUCUUUUUUAAAUGUUCAUGUAAAUAGGUUUCAGUUCUAGGGAAAAACCUUUUUGUUUUUUUAUAUUUGAAAACUGUGAUUUAAAAAAACCCCCAAACCUUCACAUUUUAGUAGACUGUUGUCAGACCUUUCUGUGAUUCUAUUAGCAAUUAAUGGAUGUUUCUCUAAGUUGGCUUACAGUGUAUUCUUAAAUUGAAACUUCUGUAGAUGAAGAACAGAAUCCCUGUACUAUAAUCAGCACACCAAGAUGGAAUGCAUGUAGAAACUGUGGAGCAUAAAUCUCUGUUUAGGUGGUGCCAGUGUGGCUAAAACUCUGUGUUCUGUGCUUAUACAUGCAUAGACAGAUCUUAAAAUCCUACCAAAUGGAACAAAGAGCUGUGGAUAUUUCUUUUUCCUCAUUCUGAAUAAAGGUUAGUAGGGAUGUUUAUUUUACUUUCUAUUAAAGAAUACAUUUGCCUUGAUGCAGCUCCUUAUGUUUCCAAGAGUUUGUUCUUUUGUUUUUCUUUUUGUGUUAAAUGGGGUGAUAAGAUGCAGAUAAUAAUGAAGUUUUAUAAAGUAAUGAUGCAGAUGUUGGUGAAAUAUUUAAACUGGUAAAAAAAAAAAAUUAAAAUUAGAGAACUCCAUAUUAUUUGAUAAAGGUAAAGGUGCCAGUGUCACAAUAAACUAUUCCUGCUUAUUUGCUUUGAGUGAUUUAUUUUGCCUCUUGAAAAGUAUAAGUAGAAAAC